AGAGAAGAACAUGAGAGAAUCAGUAUUUACCCAUAAGAAGGUUUAGUUUGUAUAAUUCCUUCCUGUUUCAUAGGAACAGCCGCAGAACAACAAGCAGCCAGUGUUACACACAGUACGACACACAGUACGACACACAGUACAGUAUCAGAUGUACGAAGUAAAAAGAGUGCGCAGUGAAGGUUUUUAUAGCCAGUAGGCGGGCGAAAACUAAGCGCCCAAAUAAAUGAUUGGCUCCGAUACCAGAGGGGCGGGUUUGAUUAUUGAACAACUUGACAGACUUGAGCCUUUAUUGGGUUGAGAGACAAGGUGAAGACUGAACGAAGAGGGAAUGGGUUUGAAAAGGCAUGGAACGCACACUGCGGAAGUGAAACUGAUAGAAAAGUCUGCGCGCGCACUAUAAAUCCGCCUCCAGUCCAUCUCUCCCACAUCGUGAACUUCCGGAAAAGUCCAUAGCUCCUUCCUGUUGAGGAAACUAAGUCUAAGGUCACGUGACGGUUCCUUUGGCCGACGGGAGCGAGCGCUUGGCCGGACUAUCUGCGAUAUAUGUGUGUGUGAGGGUCAUUUCCAGCUCAGUCCCUCCCACGAGGAGCCAAUGGGAAUGUGGGAGGAAGUGAGUGACACAGGGAUGAAGAAGAAGAAGGAUAAAAAUGAGGAGGAGGAGGAGCGGGGGAAGAAGGAGAGAAUGGUGAAUCUCACACUGGAGAUGAUCUAUCUGCUGACUGGAGAGCACUACAUCCCUAGGAAGAAGUCAGAUGAUGGGGGGGCCCUGCAUGCCCCUGGCUCCGUCAUACAGAAGGAAAAUAACAAGAAUGACAAGAAGAUCCUGGAACUCAUGUCCAACAUCAUCCAGCUGCUGACUGGAGAGGUUGCCAUAAGGACUCAUCAUGUUUCCAUCUAUUUUUCCUUGGACGAGUGGGACUAUAUGAAAGGAAACAAGGACCUUUAUGAGGAAGGGAUAAAGGAGGAGCCACAGCAGCUCCACCCACUGGACUGUGAAUAUGAAGAUAAGAGAGAUAUUCCAUCUGAUCUGGGAGGAACAUUAUGUUAUAAUAAUGAGACAAGCAAGAUUGGGGCUGAAGGAACAGAUUUUUGUGCCAAAGAAAAUCUCACAAUUUCUCCAGUGGAACAGCCCCCACCAGCCAAUGGGAUUAAAGAGGAAAGAGCUUCAUGUGAAGAGGGAAACCAAUCAGAUUGCAGCAUUAAUCCUCUUACAGAACAGAUACAGGGAACUGAUAAACCUACUCCUAUCAUGGGAUACAGCCUGAAUAACAGCUCAGCGAAUUAUAUAAAAGAGGAGGUUGUGCAAUGUCAUGAAGGAAACCAUUCUGAUAUGAGAAUUAUUACUGCUCCAGAAUCAAUACUGGAAACCAAUACAUCUGCUGCAAUGAUACGAUGCAACCUAAAUACCAGUUUGUCAGCUUCAUGCGAAGGGGGAAACCAAUCAGAUUGCAGAAUUAAUGAACUUACAGAACAGAUACAGGGAACAGAUACACCUACUGGCAAUAUAGUUCUGUACAUCUGUUCCGAGUGCCAGAAACAUUUUAGUACUAAGGCCGGUCUUGCCAGGCAUCAGAAAACUCAUUCAGUUUUUGUGGGUGAGGAACAUGCAUAUGGGAGAAUUCACACAGAAGAGAAACCAUUCCCUUGUUCUGAAUGUGGGAAACGUUUUGCUCGUCGUCAGCAUCUUACUGACCAUCAGAGCAGUCACACAGGGGAGAAACCAUAUGCUUGCUCUCAGUGUGAGAAAUAUUUCCCUCAUCGUUCCAAUCUUAACAGACACCUGAAGCUUCACAAAGGAGAAAAACCAUUUCCCUGUUCUCAGUGUGGGAAACGUUUCCCUUGUGUCUCGGACCUUAAUAUACAUCGCAGGGUUCACACAGGAGAGAGACCGUACUCUUGUUCUGAGUGUGGCAAAUGCUUUAAACAUCACUCAAACCUAACUAACCAUCAAAGAACCCACACAAGAGAGAAACCAUUUUCCUGCACUGAAUGUGGGAAAGGCUUUAAAGAUCGCUCAAGUCUUACUGUACAUCACAGAACCCACACAGGGGAGAAACCAUUUUCCUGCACUGAAUGUGGGAAAGGCUUUAAAGAUCGCUCAAGUCUUACUGUACAUCACAGAACCCACACAGGGGAGAAACCAUUUUCCUGUUCUGAAUGUGGGAAAUGUUUUAUCAAUCAGGCAUGCCUUAGGGUUCAUAAACGAAUUCACACAGGAGAGAAACCAUUCCCUUGUACUGAAUGUGAGAAAAGUUUCAGCGAUCGGGCUUGUCUUAGAGGCCACAAAAGAACUCACACGGGAGAGAAACCAUACAGCUGUAGUGAAUGUGGCAAAUGUUUCCGUGAUGGUGCAGGCCUUAGAGUCCAUAAAAGAAUUCACAUGGGGGAGAAACCGUACACCUGUAGUGACUGGUUUGAUCUGUAUCUAUACUGAAGUGGACUGCUUAAAGAGUUUACAUUUUUGAUAUAUGAUAUAUUUUCCCACUUAGUGCAAAUGCACGUUACGUGAUUUUUUAUUCAGGUGUUUCUUUUUGAUUUUAAUUAUACGUGUUAUUUUAGUGUGAGCCCGACAGAGGGCACUCAUGCUUCUGAUGAAGUGACAGAAUGGUCACGAAACGCGUUAAGCGCACAUCCCCUGCCCGCUGGUGAUUUUAAUCCAUGUCCAAUAAAGCAUUCAUAGUUUUAAAA